UGCGCAUGCGCCGCGGCUGUCACGACUCUGCUGCUGCUGCUGCUGCGUGCUGCAGGUGGAAACAUGGCGAUGAAGGCGCUCCGAGGGAUGGUGAAUGAGCUGUCGUCGGCCGUCAGCGGGAGCAGACCGACCGCCGCCGCGGCCUCCGCCGCCGCCGCCUCCCGGGAACAUGUGAUGUCCGUGAGCCGGGAUUACCUCUCCCAGCCCCGCCUCACCUAUAAGACGGUGUCUGGAGUCAACGGGCCGCUGGUGAUUCUGGAUCAGGUGAAGUUUCCGAAGUACGCCGAGAUCGUCCAUCUCACGCUGCCGGAUGGGACCCAGAGGAGCGGCCAGGUGCUGGAGGUCAGCGGCUCCAAAGCCGUGGUGCAGGUGUUUGAAGGGACGUCCGGCAUCGACGCCAAGAAUACCAGCUGUGAGUUCACCGGGGACAUCUUACGGACACCCGUCUCUGAGGACAUGUUGGGCCGUGUGUUUAAUGGAUCUGGUAAACCUAUCGACAGAGGACCAGCGGUCCUGGCUGAAGACUUCCUGGACAUCAUGGGUCAGCCCAUAAACCCCCAGUGUCGUAUCUACCCUGAGGAGAUGAUCCAGACCGGCAUAUCUGCCAUCGAUGGCAUGAACAGCAUCGCCAGGGGGCAGAAAAUCCCCAUCUUCUCUGCUGCUGGGCUGCCACACAAUGAGAUUGCCGCCCAGAUCUGCCGCCAGGCCGGGUUGGUGAAGAAGUCCAAAGACGUGAUGGACUACAGCGAGGACAACUUCGCCAUCGUGUUUGCGGCCAUGGGGGUGAACAUGGAGACCGCUCGCUUCUUCAAGUCUGACUUUGAGGAGAACGGAUCCAUGGACAACGUCUGUUUGUUCCUGAACCUGGCCAACGACCCCACCAUCGAGCGAAUCAUCACACCGCGUUUAGCUCUGACAUCAGCGGAGUAUCUGGCCUAUCAGUGUGAGAAGCACGUCCUGGUCAUCCUCACCGACAUGAGCUCCUACGCAGAGGCUCUCCGAGAGGUGUCUGCAGCCAGAGAGGAAGUACCGGGCCGCCGAGGUUUCCCCGGUUACAUGUACACGGACCUGGCCACCAUCUCAAUCACUUAUAGACAAAAACGAAGGGAAAUAUGGAUCAGGUUGAAACAUUUGAACAUUGUGUGGUUGUGUCUCCCAGACAUCACCCAUCCUAUUCCUGACCUGACGGGCUACAUCACCGAGGGACAAAUCUACGUGGACCGACAACUCCACAACAGACAGAUCUAUCCUCCGAUCAACGUGCUGCCGUCUCUCUCUCGUCUCAUGAAGUCUGCCAUCGGGGAGGGGAUGACCCGCAGGGACCACUCGGAUGUCUCCAACCAGCUCUACGCGUGCUACGCCAUAGGGAAGGACGUCCAGGCCAUGAAGGCGGUGGUGGGGGAGGAGGCUCUGACAGCUGACGACCUGCUCUAUCUGGAGUUCCUCACCAAGUUUGAGAAAAACUUCAUCGCCCAAGGCGCCUACGAGAACCGCACUGUGUUUGAGACUCUGGACAUCGGAUGGCAGCUGAUGAGGAUCUUCCCCAAAGAGAUGCUGAAGAGGAUUCCUCAGAGCACCUUGGCUGAGUUUUACCCGCGAGAAGCCAAACGUUAACCAAACACACGCUCGCUUUCAGUUUUCCCCGCGAAAAACCAAACAUUAACUGAACAAACUCACACACUCGUCUCCACCGGUUGUGCCGCUUUCAUCUGUUCUCUCAGACUACAUUUACAUCGCUACGUUUUGGUUUGAAAAGGAAUGUCUUCUGCUACGUUUCCCUUCUCAUUCCCCCUGCUCUGGCGUUUCCCCCUCUCAUUCCCCCUGCUCUGGUGUUUCCCCCUCUC